AUGCCACGGGAAAAGACAGUUACACCCACACCGCCGACCCCACAGCAGAAUUUCCGAGAUAAGAGGAAGGGGGACGGGAACCGCGAACCCUUUGACAACAAGAGGUUCCAGGGUACCCCAAACUCUGCUCGGGGCAAAGGAAAGCAAGCUGCUCCAUACCAAAGUGGAGAUUUCCGUCAGAGAGCACCUCCCUGCGCCAAGUGCCAGAAGAACCACAUGGGGGAGUGCAGAGUCGGGACAAACGUGUGCUACAAGUGUGGUGGAGUUGGACACUUCGCCAAAGAGUGCUCGAGCAACAAUAACACUGGAGUUGGGGGAAUACCGAAUGGGCCUCGAGGGAAUCCCACACCACCUCAGCAACCACAACAGCGUCGCCAACCAUAUCCCACUCAAGCUAGGGCCUAUGCCUUGGGACGCAAGCAAGCUAAAGUCCCCACAGGGAGAUCCAAAACAAGAUAA